GCCAACACCACCCCCCCAAAGCUGAACCGACAGGAGGUCAGAGGUCGUGACGCUCUGCUGUCGGACAUCUGUAAAGGCACCCGGCUGAAGAAGGUGGCGGUGGUGAACGACCGCAGCGCCCCGCUGCUCGACAGUAAGACUCAAACACCAAAGAGCCAAACACCUCCCACAGACCACCCAUACAUUCGUUUAUACCAGUACCUACACCAGAACCAGAACCAGAGCCAGUCCAAACAGCAGGGGGCGCUGUCCGAGGAGCCGAAGAAGACGGCCGGAGAUCAGAGCUCAGCUCCUUCCCUCCAGAAGCCUAAGGGAGGCGGAGCACCUGCAGGAGCCAAUGGCAGCGCAGCAGGAAGUCCGUCAGGUUGUGCUCCACCAAUCACAGGCCUGCUGAUGGGCGGAGUCAACAAGCUGAGGCCGGUGGGAGACGGCUCCUCAGGUCGUUCUCCUUCAACUCGUGGUGCUGCGCCCCGCCCACCAAGCCAUCGCCAUGACGACACAGACAGCCCCUCCCCUCAGGCCUUGUCUCCCAUGGAAACCUCCCACUCACAGCGCCCCUCCCUGCCCAACCUGUCCUCCUC